AUGCCGAAUUUUGGAGAUCUAUUGAUGAAGGGCGCGAAGGGAGUGAUUGAUAUGGAGGUGGAUACCCACAAGGUGGAGGUGGCUACGGACAACCUCAAGGAGGUUACGGACAACCUCAAGGAGGUUACGGACAACCUCAGGGCGGAUAUAACUCACCGCAGCCUGGAUAUGGAUCUCCUCAACCCGGAUACCCUGGAGGACAAGGAGGAUAUCCGGGAGGCCCAGGAGGCCCAGGCGGAUACCCUGGACAGAACCAAGGAGCCACCUGGAUAUCCGGGAGGAGGAGGCAGCCCGUAUCCGAGCGGCAACUUUGGAGGCGGGCAAGGAGGACCCCCAAUCGGCUUUGGCGGCUUCCCACCCAACUCCGGCCCUUCUGAAAUCAACUACGGUGGAGCAGGGAUUGGAGGUGGAGCUGGAUACCCACCCCAACCACCUCCACAAAACUCGAUGCCCUCAGCCCCACCAUCAUACCCACAAAUGGGAGGUGGAUACAACCCGUACCCAGCCCAAAAUCAGCAACCGGGCUACGGUCAACAACCUGGUUACGGACAACCCCAGCAGCAGUACUUCGGAGGAGGAGGGGGAGGAGGAGGCAACAUGUACGGAAACCCGUCCGUGCGCCCUAUUCAAAACAAUGCUAAUACCGACGCCGAAACUCUCCGCAAGGCUAUGAAAGGCCUGGGCUGUAAUAAUGCCAAGGUCAUCAGUGUCCUUUGCGCACGCACAAACCCUCAGCGUCAAGAGAUCGCUCGAGCUUUUAAGGUGAUGUACGGAAAAGACCUGAUCCACGAGCUGAAAAGCGAACUUCACGGUGACUUCGAAGACCUGAUUCUCGCCCUCAUGACCCCGCCCGCCCAGUACGACGCCCAGCAGCUGCACAAGGCCAUGGCGGGUCUCGGCACGAAAGAAAGCGUCCUCAUCGAAAUCAUGACCUCCAGAACAAACGCCCAGAUCGCCGAGCUCCGCAGGGUGUACCAGGCCAUGUACCGCAGCGAUUUGGAGAGGGAUCUGAUUUCCGAGACUUCCGGUUGGUUCAAGCGGCUCUUGGUGUCUCUGUGCGCCGGAGGGCGUGAUGAGAGCAACUACACGGAUCCCUUGAGGGCUAACCAGGAUGCUCGUCGUUUGUAUUCCGCUGGAGAGCGCCGUCUUGGCACUGAUGAGGCUUGCUUCAACGAGGUUUUGGCUUCACAAAACUUCCAGCAGCUUCGCCUGGUCUUUGAUGAAUAUCAGAAGGUCUCCAACAAGUCCAUCGAGCAGUCGAUUCGCUCGGAAUUCAGCGGGGAUAUCGAGGCCGGGUUGAUUGCCCUUUGUAGCGUAAUCCGGAACAGGCCCGCCUAUUUUGCCGGGUUGUUGCACCAGAGUAUGAAGGGUCUUGGUACGCACGAUAACGACUUGAUUCGAUUGGUCGUUACUCGCUCAGAAGUUGAUAUGGGCGAUAUUCGAAAUGAGUUCCAGAGGAUGUACAAGGGUUCCCUCGAGAACAUGAUCAAGGGCGAUUGCUCGGGAGCGUACAAGGACGGACUCAUUGCCCUCGUCCAGGGCAAUCAGGGCGGAAUGCAC